AUGGGGUGGUCGCUCGUUCCUUCCAUUUUGACACCAGACUAUACCUGGCCCGCACCACUGUUGUCUUCCGUCCAACGAUCCACCCCGCCAGUCCCACCUAUACCGAGCAGCGCCAGCAGGCGGAUAUGGGGAAUCAUACACAAGGGACUGGAAUACUUCUCUCGCUGGUACUGUCAUUGGUAUGGCAUCUAUGACCCCUACAUCAUCCACCUACCCUUCGGCCUGGUUCUGAAAUGGACAAACCGGACAAGUCUCGGCGAGGUUGCCGCGAUGCAGAUGGUCAGAGCUGCUGGCAUUCCUGCUCCGAAAGUGAUCAGCGUUGGCGAACACCCAAAUGCUUUUCUCAACAGAAAUAUCUCCAUCCUGAUGACAAGACUGCCUGGUAUCACGCUGGACUAUUUCGACGACAAUCCGUUGGACGACGAGAUCAAGGACCCAUGGCUGGAGGAACUGAAGAUCUGCGUCGAAGCCAUGCGGUGCUGGGAACCGCCCUGUCAGGACGCCAUUUGUUCGCCUAUUGGUACGGAAUUGCGAAGCUCGAGGGUCCCCGACCAUGUUAUGGGCCCGUUUAAGAACCAUACUGAGUUCUACGACCAUCUUUUCUAUCCCGCCUCGAGGCAUGGAUUCGACUCGGAUGAAGAGUACGAGGAGGCUUUUUUGCUGGCGAGUCGGCUGCGACAACGUCCGUACCAGCUCAAGUUUACUCAUGGGGACUUCAAGAGACAUAAUAUCCUCGUGGAUGACGACGGACAUCUCGCGGGGUUUCUCGAUUGGGAGUCCGGAGGCUGGUACCCGGAGUACUGGGAAUUUACUACAGCGAUGCGCUUUGGAAGUCUUGGCUGGUGGUAUCAAGUUGCGUCUUGGAUGGGCGGAGAUCAGUACCUUGAUGAGUUGGCGUCCGACAAGGCCUUGAAUGCGCUGACCGUCGAUUCCUAUAUCUUCAUGCCCUGA